GCUUCUAUGAUGAGCACACCAAGAAGACUGGAUCAAUCGGAUUUCCCAGUUGAAGAGCGAUCAGCUUCCCCAUCCCUUAAACAGUCCACCCAAACCCAUGAAAGCACAGAAGAGAUACUGAGCCAUGGUCAGGCCAGCCAACAAGCAGAUGGACCUAGGAGGACACUACAGGUGGAUACCAGAAUUCAGAAACCAGGACGAUCUCCCUCUGUAUCACCAGAUCGAAGCAGCACUCCUACCUCCCCUUAUUCUGUCCCACAAAUUGCACCCCUUCCAAGCAGCACUCUCUGCCCUAUAUGCAAGACAACAGAACUCACCUCCUCUCCUAAUCAGCCAAACUUCAACACUUGUACACAGUGUCACAGCAAGGUCUGCAACCAGUGUGGAUUCAACCCCAACCCCCAUCUCACUGAGGUGAAAGAAUGGUUGUGUUUGAAUUGCCAGAUGCAGAGAGCUUUGGGAAUGGACAUGACCACAGCACCUCGCUCCAAAAGCCAGCAGCAACUACAUUCCCCUUCACUUUCUCCAUCCCAUUCCCCAGCCAAACAUCCCCAGCCUCAACUCCUGGGAAUGACAGGACAGGAGAAGCUCCCAGGAAAUGUGCAGCUGGGCAUUGGACAGGGUGCUGGUGUUCUGCAAUCCGAGUCAGCCAAACCGUCCCCAGCUGCAGCACAGAAGGAACCACGCAGCCAAGGCCAGCCAAACCAUGCUGCUCCUCAGGAAGUGGUGAGGUCUUCCCCACAGCAUCAAGCAAAGCUUCCCUCCUAUGACCAGAGACAGACCUUGGGAGACUCCCCAGCAAAGACUUCAGCACUGUCCCCCAGCGCUGCAGCACAAGAGCAGUCCCAAGAGGGCCUCACAGGAAAGCUCUUUGGGUUUGGGGCUUCUCUCUUGACCCAGGCAAGCACACUCAUGUCUGUCCAGCCAGAGGCCACACCGCAAAGUCAGCAGUCCUCUGGCAAAGUGCCUCCAAAAAUUGUCUUCAGUGAUGCCAGCAAAGAAGCUGGACUCAGAUCCUCAAGUGCUGCAUCAGGAGCACAGGGUAGGGCUGGGUCCGCCCCAGCUACAAAGCAAAGCAAAGCAGAACAAGACUUCAAGCCAAAGGAAGUGCCGAAAGAAAGGGUCAUGUGCCCCCUCUGCAAAUCAGAGAUCAAUGUGGGCUCCGGGGAACCUUCCAACUAUAAUAGCUGCACGACUUGUAAACAGCAGGUGUGCAACAUGUGUGGAUUCAAUCCAACGCCUCAUCUCACGGAGAAAAAUGAAUGGCUGUGUUUGAACUGCCAAACUCAGAGACUGCUAGAAGGAAGCCUAGGAGACCCUUCUCCGAUGCCACUACCUGCUUCGAAGCCGCAGCCAACAGGAUCCCCCCGACAUCAAGCAGAGAGAGCUGGUCAGCAAAGAGGUGUCCUUCAGCCUAUAACAGUUCAUAAGUCAGAAACCUCUGCUCCCCAGGACAGGUACUUCGUCCAAGCAAAGCAUCUCAGGACUUCAGAGCCGAGUAAGUUACAGGACGUGGUGCAAGAGAGCAAGCCUCCUGGUCCCUCAGAAGAAAAGCCACUGCCGAAACUUUCUGCUGAGGCUCCAAAAGUUCCUGAAAGUGCAUCGCCAAAGGGCAAAAGCAUGGCUGGGAAGCCAGAAGCAGAGAGCAAACCAAGCAAAGCAGUCAUUGAGGCUCAACAAGUGAGAGAGCAGGAGGAGACAAGCAAGCCUUAUCCCCAUGACUUAUCCCGCAGCCCCCAAAGCCUGAGUGACACUGGCUACUCAUCAGAUGGCAUCUCCAGCUCCCAGAGUGAGAUCACUGGCCUGGUGCAGCAGGAAGAGGAGCUGCUGAAUGGCACUGGCCUGGAAGACCAGAGCCCUGCCAGUCCUUCUGAACUUACCAAACUGGAGAGCAGUGUACGCCCCUUGCUGGAGUCAAAGGGCAUUUCCCAAGAGCACAGCGACAGAGGGAAAAUGUUUCAUGAGUUACGGGAAGAACAGAGACAUAGGCAGAGGCCUCGGUCCCUUUCUAUCACGCCUGAAGCCUUUGAUUCUGAUGAAGAACUGGAAGACAUCAUGGAAGAAGAUGAAGACUCUCUGGAAUGGGAGAACCAGAGGGAUCAAAGAGAGAGCAUGGAUUCAUCUGAUGACUUUGGGAGCAAGCUGCGCCAUGACUAUGUGGAGGACAGCAGCGAAGGAGGGAUCUCCCCACUGCCCAGCAGGCCGAAAGGCAGGGAGACAGAGAUGACUGAUGAGGAGUUCAUGAGAAGGCAGAUCCUGGAGAUGAGUGCGGAAGAGGACAACCUGGAGGAGGAGGAGGAGGAGGAGGAAGACUACGACCAUGUGAAAUACAGUGUAGCAAAACGCGGGCACAAGCCUGACACGGAAAAAAGCAAAGAGCCAACCUCGUCCAAGAGGCGCCUGCCUCACAUCUCUAGCAGCAUGUAUGAGGAGGAGAAGAAGGAGAUGGAAGCUGUCGAGGGGGAGGAUGUGACCACAUCCCAGGGGGGACUGCGGCGCUUCAAGACCAUUGAAUUAAAUAGCACAAGCAGCUACAGCAGGGACAUGGAGCUUAGCCAGGAUGCAGAUAUUAGCCUGGACAGGGAGCCAGAGCUGGAGAUGGAGAGUCUGACUGGCUCCCCAGAUGAACGGUCAAGAGGGGAAUAUUCCUCCACUUUGCCAGCAACUACACCCAGCUACACAUCAGGCACCUCCCCUACAUCCCUGUCUUCUCUGGAGGAGGACAGUGACAGCAGCCCUAGCCGGCGGCAGCGGCUUGAAGAGGUGAAGCAGCAACGCAAAGCUCGCCAUCGCUGCCAUGGUCCUUUGCUGCCAACCAUAGAGGACUCCUCAGAGGAAGACGAACUGCGUGAGGAAGAGGAGCUCUUGCGGGAGCAGGAGAAGAUGCGGGAGGUGGAGCAGCAGCGCAUCCGAAGCACUGCACGCAAAACUAAACGGGACAAAGAAGAGCUGCGGGCACAGAGGAGAAGAGAGAGAUCCAAAACACCCCCCAGUAAUCUGUCUCCCAUUGAAGACGCUUCGCCCACGGAGGAGCUGCGUCAGGCAGCAGAGAUGGAGGAGCUGCAUAGAUCCUCCUGCUCGGAAUACUCGCCCUCCAUUGAUUCAGAGGCAGAGGGUUUUGAUGGCAUAGCCUCCAAGCUGUACAAAUCUGGCAGUGAGUACAACCUGCCAACAUUCAUGUCCCUUUACUCCCCAACAGAAAAAACAGACAGCAGCUCCCGUAAGCCCUUGAAAAGUGCAGAAGAAGCCUAUGAAGAGAUGAUGAGGAAGGCUGAACUGUUCCAAAAGCAGCAAGUCCAACACUCCCAGCAAAGUGCCCACAGCAGCACCUAUCAACAGGUAGGGUACCACAGUGCAGAAGGCCAGAGCAGUUUUGAAUACCAAUACAUAGAUGAGUAUAGCUAUGAUAAUGGGCAUACAGACUCCUCUCCAUCUGACUACCAGCACGAACUUUCAGAGCCGGGAGCAGUGUAUGAGGAAAUCCUGCAGACAUCACAGAGCAUUUCUAGGAUGCACCAGUCCUCCUCAUUUGACUUGGCCCUAGAAGAGGAAGAAAAGAGGAAAGAGAGAGAAGAAACAUACCAGGAAAAGCAGUUUCUAAAUGCUGAAAGUGCGUAUGCUGAUCUGAUGAAACAAAACAGCGGCCCACUCACCCCAGGAACAAGCCCCACCCAGUUAUUGGCUCCUGUCUCAUUUUCAUCCUCUGAAGGAAGCACAGGCAGGCUAAUUCCUGAUGUCCGUGUCACUCAGCAUUUUGCAAAAGAAGGGCAUGACCACCCAAUGCUUCACAGCUCACCAGCAGCAGCCAGGACUAUGGCAGCUCCCUGUACUUACAGCCGAGGUUCCAGUACCAUCACAACUGUUGUUUCCAGCCUAGCAAGCGCUCCACGAAUCUACAGUUCUUCUCUGAGCGGCUCGGAUGGAACACCUUUAUCUUCCCCUAGCAGAAGCUACAGUCAGAUGAAAGGCACUGCAAAUCACAGCUCUCAGACAGAGGACAGCUCUGAGAGCCAGCGGGUUGCUGAGCUCAGUGGAGCAUCAGCAAGAGAGAAGCUCCAAAGUAAGAGCGAGAGCAAGAUCAAUGUCUCUGUAUCAUCUAAAAUGUAUUCCUAUGCCCGAAGCACCAGCCCCCCACUGCCCCCAAUGUCUCCUAUUCAAAUCCCUGCUCAUUCAGCUCCAAGAGCAGGGCAGCUAGCCAGUAGAACAAUGACAGAGUUUUCCACUCAAACACAAAGCACCGUUUUCUCUUACGAUUGUCCCACUACCACUGGUAUAUCAACAUCCUCUCCGAUGAUAGCUCAAGGGACCCAGACAACCCACCGUACAAGUUCUCCUCGCCUUGCUAGGCAGCAGUCAUCCCAGGAAGCUCCAUUUAUGGUCAUCACAUUAGCAUCAGAUGCAUCAAGUCAAACCAAGCCAACUUGUGUAUACUCCUCCACUUCCCCAGCCUCCUCUCCCACCCAACUGAGCCUGCACCAGGCAAUGCAUAGCUACAGUCAGACAGCAGUCAGCUCAGCACCGCUGCAGUGGGAGCAGCUGCAGUCUCCUUAUGCCAAGACACAGACAGUGAUAGAAAGAGCCUCUGCUGCCAGGGCCAUGCUUCAGAAAGGGCAUGUCAUUGCUGCUGCUGAGAGCACUGCUGGGGUCUAUAGCUGGGGCCCCUUGCCUGCAGAAAACAUCUCCUUAUGUAAAAUAUCCUCAGUCCCUGGCACAGCCAGGGUAGAACCUGGACCCAAGCCACCCACCUCUAAUGCUGUGGACUUACGGACUGCUAUAAAGGCAGCCCCAAUCAUCAUAACAGACCAAGGCAUGGAUCUUACUUCCCUAGCUACUGAGAGCAGAAAAUACUGCCUCACUCGGGAACAGACCCCAAGUAGGCAAUCCACAACUGUCCAACCCUUAAUAAUUAACCUCAAUGCUCAAGAACAACCCCAUGCUAUUAUAGGCACGGCCUCUACGGUCAGCAUGACCGUUGCUUCUUCCAUGUUUGUCGCACAACCCAAGCAACCUGUGCUCUAUGGAGAUCCUUUCCAGGACAGGAUGGACUUUGGGGCAGGGACAGGAAGUCCAGUCUGUUUGACGCAUGUUAAGCAGGUAGAGCAAGCAGUUCAGACUGGCACCUUCCGAGGGACCAUGAGCAGCAUUGGAAUUUCUGCCCCUAGCACAAAGCCAGAAGCCACCAGUCCUCAGCCAACCAAAUUUGCAAGAUAUAAUUUGCCUAACCAGAUGAUGCCGUUGGUGAAGAAAGAUGUGACUAGCAGUGACUUGAGCGCUGUUAGUAUCAGCACUGGUCCGAGGCAAAUUCCUCAGAACCAAAGCACAGACCUAUGUAGAGGGACGCCAGUGGAACUCAAAACCCAGAGUCCUCCAAUCAACCUGGGAGGCAAAAAAUCUCAAGCCAUGGUGGUGCAGAUGAAUGAGAUAGCAGCAGGCCCAGUAACAAAGCUGUUCAAAGAAGAACCACCAGCCAGUGCAUUGGAUCUCACUGGAAUAAAGUCUGAAAGCAAGGUGGCAUGCUGCGAUGUAGUGUACAAAUUCCCCUUUGGCAGCACCUGCACAGGUACCUUCAACCCUUCGCCCAAGAUCCCAGGGAAAAAUGUUGGGGACGUUGCUCCAACUGGCAAACCAAGCAUCCAGUACUAUGGAAACAGAGAGCCUGAUCUGCCAGAGACCUAUCCCUACAGAGAGCAAAUGGGCCCGGCUCCCAGCCUGUACGAGGAGCAUCGUUUCUACCCACAAGGCCUGUCUGGAAGGCUGUAUUCAUCCAUGUCAGAUACAAAUCUGUCAGAAAUUGGUCUGAACUAUUACCCCCCUGCAGGAGACUCUGCUGUGGAUUUGACCACAAUGAAACAUUCCUACAGCAUCAGCUUCACCGAAGGGGGCUACCUGCGUCAGGGAAUGCAGUAUGGCUCAUUCUCGGACCUCCGGCAGCCCACAGAUUUGUUAAGCCACCCGCUCCCAAUGAGACGAUACAGCUCAGCCUCCAAUAUCUACUCUGAUUACAGGUACCCUCCCAGAGGAGACCUGGCAAAUUUCCAGGAAUCCAGUCUGGCACAGUACAGUGCCACCACAGCUCGGGAAAUCAGCCGUAUGUGCGCAGCACUCAACUCCAUGGACCAGUAUGGAGCUAGGCACUCAAACAGCCCUGACCUCCUGCAGUAUGGGCCAGCAGGGGGCAGUAGUGUUUCAGCUCCACAGGGCAUUUCUGCCAUCAAACCAAAUAUGAUGUAUAACCCCAACUUCCCAGAGACACGCCAGGCCUUUGGGAACCUUGCACAGUACAGUCUCUCCGGUGCCCGGCUGGGAGCAGUCAGGCAGAUCUUCCCUUCCACAGCCACAGUACGGGCAGCCGAUGGCAUGAUUUAUUCCACAAUAAAUACUCCCAUAGCAUCCACCCUUCCCAUCACCACCCAGCCAGCUUCCGUGCUGCGGCCCAUGAUCCGAGGCUUAUAUCGACCCUAUACCCCAGGCAGCAUCACAGCUGUCCCUCUGGCCAACCUGACCAGAGUGCCUCUAGUUACUCCCAGGGUCCCCCUUGCUGCCCCAGGUCUGUAUCGUUAUUCAGCUCCCAGCAGGUUUCCAUCUGUUUCUACAACAUCGACGAUGGAAACGCCCAUGUACUUGGGGAAGCCUGUUAGCACCAGUGCAGCCAGCACUGCCGCAAGCAAUGUUAGCCCAGGGCCUGCUGCCAAAGUGUUGGCUCCUGCUUCUGUGAACCUGCAACGACCUGAGCAGAUGGGGGCUGAUGGUCGAGAGGAGGGGCUCACAGCAGCUGCUAGUUUGCAGAGUGCCUCAAAAGACAGUCAGCAUCAGCAGCCAGCGCCCCCUGUCCAUACCCAGCAGGCUGAGGUAGCCCAGGCCAGUGGUCCCAGCAAAGGCAACAUAGAGCGAGAGGAGAAAGAGAAGGAAGAAGAGCGCCAGAGAAAGCAGCAGGAGCACAUCCUCCAGCUUGAGAGGGAGAGAGUGGAGCUGGAGAAACUGAGACAGCUGAGGCUGCAUGAAGAGCUGGAGAGGGAGCGAGUGGAGCUGCAGCGGCACAGGGAGAAGGAGCAGAUGCUAGUGCACAGGGAGAUCCAGGAGCUGCAGUCCAUAAAGCACCAGGUUCUGCAGCAGCAGCAAGAAGAGCGCCAGGCUCAGUUUGCACUGCAGAGGGAGCAGCUAGCCCAGCAGCGCCUGCAGCUGGAGCAGAUUCAGCAGCUGCAGCAACAGCUGCAACAGCAGUUAGAGGAGCAGAAGCGGCAGAAAAGCACCUUCCCCCCCGUGUGUGAUCCCACAGGAAGAGUCCCUCCCCAGGCCAUGUCUGAGAGAGCCUUGGAAAUGCAAAGGACUCUGGCCCAAAAUGGACAGUACUGGCCCCCCCUGAACCAGGCUUUCAUGGCUCCUGCAGCUCCAGGGCAGGAAGGGCCUGUGCCAUCCCGCUACCCUGGGCUGCAGCGCCCACUCACCAACUCUGCCUCAGAAAUGUCUCUGCAGCCCGAGGAGCAGUGGGAAGCCAGCCGGGGGAUAAAGAAGAGGAAUUCCAUGCCACGCUUGCGGGAUGCCUAUGACAAAGAGGCCCUGCAUGAGCCCUACAUGGUGAAGAAGAUCACAGACAGCAGUGUGCAGACAGAUGAGGAGGAUGGCGAGGAGCGCUACUUCCUGUCCCGGCGCCGACGCACCCGGCGCAGCACCGACUGCAGUGUGCAGACUGAUGAGGAGGACAAUGCCGAGUGGGAGCAGCCAGUGCGCCGACGACGAUCCCGUUUCUCCCGGCACUCGGAUUCCAGUGCUGAGAGCAAGCAGGACUCCUCCAAAGGCAUGGCCAGCAUAGGCAUCCAGACUAGCAGUGACUGCUCUGUGCAGACCGAGCCUGACCAGCUUCCCCGCGUGUCACCCUCCAUCCACAUUACUACCCCUGACCCAAAGGUAGAGAUUGUGAAGUAUAUCUCUGCACCAGAGAAGACCCAGCGAGGGGAGAGCCUGGCCUGCCAGACUGAGCUGGAAUCACAGUUGCAGCCUGGUGUGGUGGUCCCCCAGCUCACUGUGCCUACAACCAUAACGCCGUACUCUGCCAAUAUCCAGCUGGUGAGCACAAGCCCCCUGGACGCCCGGGUCAUCCGGCACCAGGCCCUUGGCAAGUUUGAGAAGAAGAAGCCUGAUCCUCUGGAAAUUGGGUACCAGUCCCACUUGCCUGCAGAGUCCCUUUCUCAGCUAGUGGCUUGCCAGCCCCCCAAAUCCCCUCAGGUACUCUACUCCCCUGUCUCUCCCCUUUCCCCCCAUCGGCUGCUGGAGUCCUCCUUUACUACCAGUGAAAGACUUAACAAGGCCCAUGUAACACCACAGAAGCACUUCACAGCUGAUUCUACCCAGCGCCAGCAAACCCUGCCUCGCCCCAUCAAAACCAUGCAGAGAUCUUUCUCUGAUCCCAAGCCCACGAGCCCAACAUCAGAGGAGUCUGGGAGGGACAGGUUCUCCGUAUACCAGCACCCUUUCCUCCAAGGCAGCCAGAUCUCUGCUUUGCAGUCAAACACUCUGAUGCGGAAGGUGAAGCGGACCUUACCCAGUCCCCCCCCAGAGGAAGCUCACCUGCCUCUGGCCAGCCAAGCCCACUCCCAGCUGUACUUGCCCAGCUUCCUGCCAAAGGGGGUAGGAGGGCAGGCUGCUCCAGUAACCAAAGCCAGCCUUCUCCGAGACAUCGACCGGGACCUGAAGCUGGUGGAGCAUGAGUCCACAAAGCUGCGGAAGAAGCAAGCGGAGCUGGAUGAAGAAGAGAAGGAGAUUGAUGCUAAGCUGAAGUACUUGGAGCUGGGCAUUACUCAGAGGAAGGAGUCUCUGCUGAAGGAGAGGGGUGGACGGGAUUACCCCUACCCAAGGUGCCUGGGAGAGAACCGGGACUACAUGUCUGACAGCGAGCUGAACAAUUUACGCCUCUCUAGCUACGAGGGCAGCAGUCUGCUCAGCAGGCCCAGCACUGCUCCCACUAACCACUAUGUUGACUUCUCCAGCACGCAGUACACAUCAGCCCCCUCUUAUGCCCCCUACCCAUACCCAGCAGCCCCUCCGGGCCCUGAUGCCUUCCAGCAGCCAAGGCUCCAGCCCCCACAUUACCCCAUGGUCAGCAGUGGCACAUCUCAGAAUGGCUUCCAAGCUGGCCAGCUCCCCACCUUGCCUGCCCAAGGUGUCUAUCAGAACCAGAGCUUCCCUUCCAGCACCAGUUACCAGAGCCAGCAAGGCUUCCGGCCACCUCAUCAUUAUCAAGCUCAGGCCAUAUAUCCCAGCCAGCCACCCUUGCAACCGGCACAGAGCACCAGUUUCCAAACACAGGCAGAUGUGCAUGCCAUGCACCAGAAGCCACGGCAGACAUCACUAGCCGACUUAGAGCAGAAGAUCCCCACCAAUUACGAAGUGAUUGGCAAUGCCUCGGCAGCCCCAGAAGCAACACACAGCCCUACGCCAGUAACCAGCAGCUAUGCCCAGCACAAGGCCCCAGAGCCCCGGCCAGCUGACCAGAGCAAUGCUGCACAAAGCCCCUCAGCCAGUUACUCCUCAGAGGCUUUGUAUACAAAUCUGGAGCAGAACAUUCCCCGUAACUAUGUGAUGAUUGAUGACAUAAGUGAGCUGACUAAAGAGACCCCUGCGGCAGACAGCCACAAGGGAGAGACAGUGGUACAGGGCAGCAACGGCCGCCAAGCCAAAGAGAAGAGUGAGGUGGUGGAGCCAGAAGGCUCCAGCAGAACUAGCUGCUACUCCAAAGCAGAGGAGGAGUCAGAGGAGGAUAUGUAUGAUCAGCAUGGUGCUGACCAUCGGGGGAAGAACAGCUACCACAGGGGCAUGGAGAGCAAUGGGAGGAUGUCGGGCAGCUCCAGUAGCCCCUGCUCCUAUUAUGGGGAUGAUUAUCGGCACUCUGCGCGCCCAGACAAGCAUGGCUCUGGCCUGGGGAUGCAGAAGCAUUCCUCCAAAAACCUGGCUCCAGCUGUCAUCUCAUCCAAGCGCAGUAAACACAGGAAACAAGGCAUGGAGCAAAAGAUCUCCAAAUUCUCCCCCAUAGAAGAAGCCAAAGAUGUGGAGUCAGACCUGGCCUCCUAUACAGUGACUACAUCUGUCAGCAGCAGCAAUGUGGUAUCCCGGGCCAAGAAGCUACAGGAUGAGAUCACCUACGGCCUCAAGAAGAAUGUGUAUGAGCAGCAGAAAUACUAUGGCGUGUCCAGCAGGGAUAUGAUGGAAGAGGAUGAUCGCGCCUACAGCACUGGGAGCAGAUCUAGAUCAUCUGCUUAUGGGACGGAGAAAUCGUUAAGCCGUGAUACCAGCAGCAGAAGCAAGUCCUAUGAGAGAGAGAGCAUGGAGAAGCCACAGAAAGGAAGCUCCAAACCAUCUUCCCUUAGUAUGGGUCAGAGUCGUGGACGGCCUCCGAUUCGUGCACAGACCUCUGAAGAGGAAAGUCCCAUUAGCCCUUUAGGAAAGUCUGUGGGCAUGUCCCGCUCCUCGGGUGGACCUCUCCCUCAGUCCUCGGGGGACAGCUGUUCCCAGUUCUGCUCCAGCCACUCGUUGCCUGAUGUGCAAGAACAUACGAAAGAUGUGCCAAGGAACCACUCUUAUAAGCACGAAGAAAGUUAUAUCCUGGAUGAUUCACACUGUGUUGUUUCAGACAGUGAAGCCUAUCAUUUGGGUCAGGAGGAGACAGACUGGUUUGAUAAGCCCAGGGAAGCUCGCUCAGAGCGGGUAAGGCCCUACACUGGCCACUCCUCCCAGAAGAGACCGCCUGUCAAACACACCUUUCAUGAUUAUGAUGAGCCUCCUGACGAGGGCCUCUGGCAGCACGAUGACUAUUCUCAGGCACGUCACUCUUCUUCCAAAGACCAUCGGCACCAUGGCGAGUCCGGAAGGCACUCAGCCUCUUCCCGCCACCCAAGUGAGGAUCAGCCCAGACGGACAUCCAAGCAGCACACCCGAGAGCAGGGCCGCCAUGAAGCCCGCACACACAUGCAGCCAUCUGCCCAGAAGAAGACCCAGCAGUCAGACACAAGAGUCCAGCCAGCUUUCCCCUCCAGCUCAGCAGAGCACUCGCAGCAGUCCCGGCAACCGGCCAGCUACCACCACUCCUCAGAGUCCUUGAAAUCCCAACGGCAAGUGCCACAUGGGCCAUCGCCCCAACAAGUGAAAGCAGAGCCCCUGACGCACCACCCACAGCAGCAGCUUCCAACAAAGCAGCAGCAGCCGCUGCCAUCCAGGCAGCAGCAGCCAUCAGCCAAGCAGCCUCCACAACCGCAAGCAGGCCCUUCACAGCAACUGCCUCAGCCUCAGAAGGAGCCGCAGCAGCAGCAAGCCAGGAUGCAGCAGCAGCCAGGGGCUCAAGGACCACCCUCUUCUCGGCCACCGCAACAACAGCCCAACCUGUCCCAGCAAGUCGGGAAGCCCCAGUCAUCCCUCCCGGCACAGCCAGGCAGUCACCAAGCAGGGCCACCCAAAGCAGAUCAGGUGGAUAUGCCCAAACCCACCACAAAAGUGCCACUGCUGCAUGGGAGAGCACCACAAGGACAACCACUGGGAACAGCUGCAGCAGGUAUUAAAGUGAGUCAGAAGCCAACAGGCACGGCAUCUGGACAGCCCGGGGUGGAUGGAGAGAGCGUGUUCUCCAAAAUCCUGCAAGGAGGGGCCGCAGAACAAGCUGGCAAACUGACAGAAGCGGUGUCGGCAUUUGGCAAGAAAUUCACAUCGUUCUGGUGAGCAACUGCCACAAGGAGGCUGGGAAAGCAGGGGAAAAACCUAUGAAGAAACCAGUGAAUUCAGCAGGCAGCGUUGGACUCUGGGUAUAACACUUUUGAAACCAGGUAAACCACUAGGCUGCUUCAUCGAUUGUAAGGCCUGAAGGGCCCAGCAUGACCUGCAAGGCCGAAGACAGGAUGUUGGGUCUCACUGGGCUGACCUGGCCUUUACCCAUAGCACGCUCCUUCAGAGCCUUGGAAGCAGCACUGCAUGCGGGCGUGGGGAGCGACCUCUUCUCAGCUCUGGGCCCCAUCUGGAGCAAGCCACAGGAAGACACACCUAGUGCUCAGGCAUUGUGUCCAUUGGAACAUGGACACAACACAGGCCUCGUGGAGGUGGGCUUUGCCCUGCUCUCAGAGGAUGCUUCUGAGCUGUCCCAGGACUGCUUCCUUCUGUGGUCUCCUUGCGCUUGGGGCCUGAGUGGGGAACCCCUGGCCCUUUCUUGAGAUUAUACACAGAGUUGAAUCUCACCGAAUCAUUCCUCUAGUGUCUUCAUAGGUUUUUCCCUCUCUGAGACAUGUACUUGUCGAAGGCUGGCAACUGAAGGCUCCAGUCUCCUUCACAUUCCAGUUUCCCCAUUGGCCCUUCUGCAUGUACAGUGUCCCUGUACUCUUACCACCUUUGCGACGGAAAAGGUUCCACACCCCUUUCUGGGGGACUGGGAGAACUUCAAUUAGGACCUAACACUGUUUCCUUACUGAGAUACGAGGCCAUAGGAAUCUGAAAGGCAGUGCAUAAACUGGCUGACUUUUCCUGAAGUGCAUACCGGCCAGGCAUGUCUCUCAGCCACCCCAAAGCCAUCCUGAAGCCAUGCUAAAGCAUUCAAAUGGCAGUGGUAACGACGCAUGUUGUUUUACGGAGGCCUGGGUAUUAUUUUUAUUUCCAGAACAGCCUUAAUCAUUCCAUUUUGAUUUACGUCUAUACCUCAUCAACUCCUGGGGGUCAGUGGGGGGUCUUAUUUCUUUUGGAUUUACUUUACUUUGUGCUGGAUUUUCUUUUCUUUCUGCUUUGUGCUGAGUUAGCACCCAGGCUGCUGUCUGUAGAAGCAAUAGAGUCCAGAAGGCUAUAAAGAGCACAAGGUCAGGAGAGCACUGCCUCUGCCAUUCUCCUUCUUAUUACUGUGCAAUUCAAGUCCUUAAGCCAUUGCCGGUGGGCAUGUUCAGAAGGCUGGAGGAGCCACUCACAGCAAAACGUUUAACCUGCCAGAAUGAAGCUCCUCAGUCUGUAACCGGAGAGAGCAGAAGAAAACCAAAUGGAAAGCUUGGUUCACUGCAGUGAGAUCAGCAAGUGUACAAAUGCUCUGGUUUUCAUUUGUUUGUGUUGUCAGGUUCCUGCCAGUCUCUCGUUCAUGCUGAGCAUGCUCCAAACAACAGUUCAUUGGUGUGAUCCAUAGGAGCUUCCAUCCAUCUUGGGUAACCACGAGCGAGUCUAUUGUCUAAUGUUCUAUGCAAUGAAAUACAAAGUUGAACAAAUCCUGUGAAUAUUUAAUAAGUUCAAUGCUCUGUAUAAGGAUUUAAUUGCAACUGUGCUAUUGACACUGGCUAGAGCUCUGUAUAGGAAACACCCAUGUGUGUGACAUUUCAGUAAGUGGCAUGUUUGACCCCUUGAGGGACACUUUGCCAAAGGGGAGCCAUGUGGCCUGUGACUGUCCUGUAGUGGAGCAUGGCUUGCUACUUUACUGCACGCUUUCAUCUACGUUUAACGCUUGCGAUUCUUUGCCUGGAGGAUUUUUUUCUCACUGGUUCAUCUUUGAUGUUGAAUGCUAGUUGCAGAUUUGUGCACUUGUUAUUGAUGGCACAGCCCCAAUGUGAAGCAGAACGUUGUGCAAUUGAUGUGUCCGAGCCCUCUGCCUCUCCCAUGCAGUGACUACCCAUGUCCAAUACACAGCAUCACCGGGGUCCCUGAGGUAGCCCUUUGGUCAGCUCUGACCCAUCCCAGAAUAGAUAAGGGGUAGGGAGGUGAGGCCACUAGUCAGCUGGGCAGGGCAGCUGGAACAGUUCUGGAAGCUGGUUUUAGAAUUUCUGCACAGAACCCCUCCGAUUUCUCCUGCUUUGUGCAGCUGAGAGGUCUUUUGGUGUCAGCUCAUAGUGGUGCCCUUCCAGUGCAGUACUACCAGAGACUGAAGAGCCUGGAACAAUGGGCCCAGGAAUCCCUGGGGAGGGAACUGAGCGUGGCCCAAUGCUAGCCCUCUGUUCACACAAGCUUAGAUGAAGCUUGAAAAGCCAUUUCAGGCGAGAGGACAUUGCAGUGAGAUAGGGCCAGACCCCCUGGGCAGUGGGAGCCUGUGGGGAUUGAGCAAGACGUGGAGGUUGCCACCACAACACUCACUUUGCAGGGUGCAGCAAGUGGGCUGUGCCAGGGUGGUGAGUGAUCAGGCCAGCCGACACCCUGCUGCCUCUGCUCAAGGAGCUUGCGCUCCAUAGUGUUUGGGGCUCCCAUUCUCUCAGCCGGGGCACUCAAACCCACCCAAUCUAGGUGCAUGGCAGCAGCCUGCCCAGAGGCCAGCAUUCUCUGUGGCAGAAUAAAGCCACCAUCCCCAUAGUAGAGGUGCCACUGUCAGAAACAACAGGGCCCAGCAUGUACUGCUCUGCCUUGGCGCUAGAAAUGUUGUGUCCAUGGGCCAUGUGGCCCGGAAGGAGGCAGUUCAUAGAGGGGAGCACCACAUGGUGGUCCAG